CCCCACCCCGGCCCCGCCCCGCGCCCCGGGUCCGAGGCGCGACCCCAGUGAUACAGUGCGACAGAUACAGUGUCGCCGCCGCUGCUGCUACGACAGCUACAGCCGCUACCGCUGCUGCUGCUCGAUUCCCAUCCGGCAAUAUGGGGAAGAAAAGUCGUGUCAAGACCCAGAAGGUGACAGGUGGUGCGGGAAUGAGCGCCUCUCCCAGUGGCAAGGAGAUGAUGGGGCUCAUCGCGGAGCUGCUGCAGAUGUGCAGCGGUCCCCCUCCCGCACCUGGCAAGGAGUGGGACGAGUACCUGCAGGUCCGUGUUCUUGUUGAGAAGAUUCGCAAGAAGCAGAAGGGUCUGUCGGUGGUGUAUGCUGGUAGUCGUGAUGAGUCUUUUGAAGAGUUCAUGAACUGGGCUGUGGGAAAUGGCAUCCUGGCAGAGGGCGUGGAAAUUGUGACGUUUGCUGAUGAAGGCUAUGGCCUGAAAGCCAUGAGAGACAUCAAGGCGGACGAGCUGUUCCUGUGGAUUCCACGCCGCAUGACGAUGACGGCUGAAUCCGUGAAGUCCUCUGUUCUCGGUCCCCUGAUGGCAGAAGACCGCGUCAUGCAGGCGAUGGAGAACGUGGCACUGGCGCUGCAGUUGCUGUGCGAACGUGCCAACCCCUCUUCCUUCUGGCAGCCGUAUAUUCGCUCGCUCCCAUCCACCUACGACACUCCGCUAUACUGCCAGGCCGAUGAGCUGGCGUACUUCCGAGCCACGCAGGCGCUCCCUGACGUGCUUGCUCAGUACAAGAGCAUCGCUCGCCAGUACGCCUACUUCUACCGCCUCAUGCAGAAUCACCCGGCUGCCAGCAAGCUUCCUCUGAGGGAUUCAUUCACGUACGACGAUUACAGGUGGGCAAUUUCUACAGUGAUGACACGACAGAACCAGAUCCCAAUGGAGGAUGCCUCCACAGUCACCCUGGCUCUCAUUCCCUUGUGGGACAUGUGCAACCACACCAAUGGACUGAUCACAACCGGCUACAACAUGGAAGAUGACCGCUGCGAGUGCGUUGCCCUGCGCGACUUCAAACCCGGCGACCAGAUUUACAUCUUCUAUGGGAUCCGCUCCAAUGCGGACUUCGUCAUCCACAAUGGCUUCUUUUUCGAGGGCAAUGCAAACGACCGAGUCAAGAUCAAGCUGGGCGUGAGCAAGAGCGAGCGUCUCUAUGCCAUGAAGUCGGAGAUCCUGGCGCGCGGAGGGAUUCCUGCUUCCACGAUGUUUGCACUGCACUGUGGAGACCAGCCCAUACCAGCCCAGCUGCUCGCUUUCCUGCGGACGUUCUGCAUGACGGAGGAGGAGCUGAAGGUGUGCCUUAUCGGGGAAGACGUCAUGGAUAAGAUUUACCGCCUGGGAGAUCCAGCGCUGCCCAUCAGCUGGGAAAAUGAAAUCAAGCUGUGGACGUUUCUGGAGACGCGAGUUUCCCUGCUGCUGCACGCCUACAACAACAACAACAAGGAUGACGACACUCUGCUGACGGACCCCAAGGUGUCUCACCGCACCAAAAUGGCGGUGCGUCUGCGCAGAGCCGAGCAGGACAUCCUGGCCAACGUGGUGAGCUACGCGGGGCGCAUGAAGGACGCCUCCAAAAAACUGCUCGCCGAGAAUGCGCCCAUACCAGAGCCCACGGACGGAAGCCGCCUCACCGGGGAGAACGGCCUCACUCCAACCGAAGACGACGAGGAGGAGGACUACGACACGAAGAUUCGCUUGGGCCUGCAGACGCUGCGUUGUGGCGUGGGCAACGAAGAGAAGGGGGUUAAACGUGUGCCAUUGAGCACUAUUGGGGAAGCCGAGGCGGCGGUUGGGGAGAGGAGAGGGGAGGAGACAGACGUAGUUCCUGGAAGCUCCGAGGGGGGUCAGAUCGAAUUGCCAGGCAGCAAAACCAAGUCCCUCCAGCAGACGAGUGAACCGUCCUCCGCAUAAAGCAACGAAGUGUGUGCGACGCGCCCGAGGACAAGCGCUGAAGAAAGAUUGAUGGACUGUGAGACGUAAAACAAAACGAGACACUGGAAUUAAGAUUAUUAACUCGUACAUUUAAGGAGUGCGCAAGUGCAAUUGCACAGCCAAGCAUGAACACAGAGGGAGAGAGUUCAGAAGCACAGUGGUGGCCGGGAGAGGGUGAGCCAAGGCGGUUUUCCUGCCGUCCACUUAGCAAAUCUUCCAAAUUUCAGGAUCAUUGUGGUGACAAAUUAGGAUUAUUAGUCAUGCACAAGUUGGGAAAACCAAAUCCAACUUGCAAUUAAAUGAGGUGUGUAUUUGUAUUGUAUUUUCCCACUUAGUUGAGGCUCAUUACCCAGGAUUUUAGGAUUGGCCUGACGAUGGGGUCAUAAGACUGCACGUGUUGUCAUCUGUGAAGGUCCUUCUGAGCAUCUGCAUUGCUACGGUUAGUUUCAUGCCUCACUAUGGUGGUUGAGUUUUAAUAUUUGCAGGGUCAGGCUGUGAUUUAACGUGGUACAGUGAAACUCCAAAAAUCUAUGCUGAUUUGGGGGAGGGUUUUAAAGAAGAAUCCUAUCAUCUGCAAUACACCACCGGCAAAUACUCUGAAACAUUGUCAUUGUGAUAAAAGUCACGGAUUGUAGACUUUUUUUAACCAUGCAAAUAUAAAAAUCCACAAUUUACAGAUUGUAUAAAUUCCCAGGAAAAAAAUGUUUAUAAAUGUCAUUUUUUUGGAAAAAUGAAAUUGAGCAAAUCUACAAUAAGCAUCUAUCCUCUGUGGGGUUUAAAAAAAUAUGUUUUUAAGGCUUGGAAUCCAACAUGGAUUAAAUGUCUCCCUCUAUUACCCGGCCACCAGACCUGUACUGUUAGCCAUAAUUGUUUAAAUUACUGUGUUAACACACCACUCUCACACACUUGCAGAACGUACAAGUAACAUAAAUAUAAGCUAACAUAAAAUUUAACCAAAUUUUGGUUUAAUCAAAAUAAUUCUGAAUUUAGCACUGCACAUUAGAACUUGCACUCGUGUGGCACUGGCAAUGCACGUGCAUGGCGUUGAGAGCAAGAUACUCGUGCAUUUACAGAUGGCGCAGGUUUGAACGAGCGGGCGAGACACUCGCAGUUUUAAAUCCCGCCCGUGAGGCCCACCUCCUUCACAUUAAACACAGAUGAGUCGGCGGUCGUGCCAUUUCGUUGCAACUGCGGUGGAUCACGGAUUUUAGGAGGAAGUAGGCACGCGACUAUUUUCAAAUCCACGCUACGUCACACCGUCGCCAGCUUCCGCGGAUUAUAGAAGUUUUUAGCCACUUAUAAAAAUUCUUAAACGUCGUGGAAACUCGCUAAUUGAAUGAUUUUCACCCUCCAGAUAACAAGAGAUUCUGAAAACUAUGGGGCGCCAAGAAUAUUCUGGAUUCGCAGAUCUUGAAUGUUUAGAGUUUCACUCUAUUUGGAUCGAUGAUAGGAGUUGAUGUAAAUAUACAAGUGAUUGUUAUUUAAAAAAAAGAGAACAGCUGCUGAGUUUAUCCUUUGGUGCAUUAAGACAUUGCGUAAUCUGAUGAGUGUCUUGACCCUUAAUCUGGAAAUGGAAACAUUUAAAUACAGAUCACAGUAGAUUCAUUUUCAAACAAGUUUCAUUCUGUAAAGCCUCUGGGUCCUCUUGAUUUUCUUCCAGAUUCUUUCAAACUCGAAGACAAUCUUGACUUAAAGAUUUCGUGACUGCAGGAAUUCAUAUUCUUGGGUCUUUCGGUAAAGUGACGUAGAUAGGUUCAAAGAAAAAAAACUACGACGUUUCGAUCGCAACACAAGCGGUCGUCUUCAGGUACAGGGGGGUGAGCUUCCAAGGCAAACUGUUUAUAAGGGUUUUAAAUGGGCAUAGCCCAAAUGUCAGCAGCCAAUGAUAAUGUAAGCGGUGGGCAGCCAACCUGACGGUUGUUGGUUUUCCACCAAUCAAAGGGCUGCCAGGUGAAAGUUAUCACGUUAAUGAGAGAUUAGCACGUUAAUGAGAGAUUAGCACGUUAAUGAGAGAUUCGCAUUUUUAAUGGGAGAUCGCAGAGUCGCAACCAAGAGGUCGGCUCGCGAAGUGGCUGUGUGAGUCUGAACCCUGUGAAA